UGGUGGCUUCGACAGGAAGCAAUUCAACGGUUUGUAGUCGUCAAUUUCCCUAAAUACCGAUCUUUGCAUGACAACCUCUUCUCCUCCAGUUCUCCAUCUCAAAGUGAAUCAAUUGUUUAAUUUACCUAUACUACCACCAGCAACCCCGCUACUCUAAAACACACUUCUGCCAACCUUUUAACACCGCGUCAACACAACCAUCACGAAUCACAAACCAAACCACUACCAUCCAAACCCGAAAAUCCACCAUGUCAACCCAUCAAACUCACUCCUCCACCACCAAAACACCCCACGCCCCCCUCUCCGUCACACCCCUCGAACCUGACGCAAAAGCACCCAUCCUCCGCUCCCCCCUCGACGACACAUCCACAGACCCGCACUCCGCGGUCUACACAUCGGAGCAGGCCCAGGGGCUGGCUCAUCGCACUGCUGGUGAGGGGCCCGGAAGGAAAGAAGAGGGGAAGGAGGGGUGGAAGCCGAAGUAUGGACGCACGCAGAGCUGGGAUAAGCAGGAUUGGAAGAGGGCGUUGCAGAUGAGUGGGGUUGGGGGUGGUGAGAAGGCGGGGUUUUCGGAGAAGAAUGAGGGUGGGCAGUAAGGAUAAGGGAUAGGAAUGUUGAGAUUGGGAUAUGGGCAUGGGAUUAGGAUUGGGAUUGGCUGGGCUAUGGGAGGGUAUUAUGAGGUUAUGAUGGUCAAAAUGGGCAAAUUGCCGGAUGGGUAUGGACAUAGGCAUAGGCAUGGCUUCCAACGGCUGACGGAUAUAAUGUUUUAUGGGCUUUGUGAAUACUAGUGCCUCCCAAAGGCCUUACAACUCUGAAUAAAAUAAACUUUUCGGCUAUCAG